AUGAGUGCUGGUGUAGGAUCCAGUCGUUUGUCAAAUUCGCUAAAUGCUCCCACCAAGGUCAUUCAGGCAAUGAGCUCUUACAUAGCGCAGGUACCUGGUGAACUAAGCUUUAAAUCUGGCGAUUUCUUUUACGUGAACCAGCAAGUUGAUCACAACGAUACUUACGUUGAAGCGCACGAUCCUGUGAGAAAUAUCAAGGGUAGGGUACCAGCGUCACAUUUCAAGUUUUUUGAUAAGACACACAAACCCACUGGUGAAAGUCCUUCCUCCAGUGCCGGUGCGAGCCCUAUGGUUCCAAACAAUUUCUCACCUACAACAAGCGUGAAGAAAAAAGUCUCUCCUCAGCCGUCGCUUUAUGGAAGGUUACUGUACGACUUCAAAGCAGAGAGACAAGAUGAGCUUGACGUAUCAGCCGGAGACAGUAUUAUCAUUUGUGCUCACCACGAGUACGAGUGGUUUAUAGGAAAGUUUUUUGACAAGAUAGGCGAACCUGGACUUGUUCCCGUUAGCUAUGUCCAGCUUUUUGAUAUCACAUCCAAAGUGCCGUACUCGGGUUCUGCAAAAGAGAUUAUCGACAGAGAAAGAAUACCGACUAUCGAGGAAUGGAAAGCAAUUAAGAACCGCCACAAAGCAAGCGCAAGAUCAGUUGGUAUGGCUGCUCAACGAAAUGAUUUAUCUAGGUCCUCUUCCGCCAACAGAAGUCGAGCAACGGAGCCAACUCCUGCUUAUGCAAUCGACGUAAACAUAGAAUCGUUUUCUUGCACUAACGGGAAGUACUGGUACCUAGUUCGAGUGAUUUUCAAUAACGGUGUUGCGAGAAGCCUGUGCCGCUACUACGAAGACUUCUUUAACUUCCAUCAAAAUGUCCUCAGUACUUGGCCUAAAGAAGGAGGUAAGUUUGACACCAAGGAUAAGAGAGAUAGAAUAAUCCCAUUUAUUCCUGGUCCCUUGAUGGAAGUCAGCGAAAGCCUCUGUCACAAGCGCCUUGUUGAUUUAGAUAUUUAUCUCAAAGGGCUAAUCCAACUCCCGGACUAUAUUUCCAAGAGUGUACUGGUGAAUUCUUUCUUCGAGAUAUAUGAUGGUGAUCAAGAAUUCACCAACACCGAAGGCAUUCAGAGAAUACCUAUCCAACCUCUAAGAAGUCCUCCCAACAUGAUAAUUCUCAACAAGACGGACUCUUCAGAAGGCCAUCCUCAUCACAGCACAAGAAAUUCACAAUAUCAACAAGAUAGAUUGUCACACUACGAAAGAACAAAUUCAAAUCGUUCUAACAGCCAAGCGCCGGAGACCGUAAACAAGAUCAAGCUGAAAUUUUACUACAAAGACGACAUUUUUGCAAUCGUGGUUCCCGAAAACAUAGCUUUGGCCAAUCUGCGGAAACUCAUUGUUCCUAGGAUUGACGAGUUCAAUGAGCCCAAUGCAGAUGAGAAACUGAAGCUCGUUCCCAAAAACACAAGUAAUGCAAACCACUCGGAGUUCCAUCCAGGCGAUGUGAUCUCUUCUGAUUCCGAAUUAUGGAGUUCGCCCAACUUCUGCGACAAGGGCAAGUUUUUGGUCGUUCUUUAA